UAAACCUUCCUGGCUUGGCCUAGGAGCUCGAGCGGAGUCAUGGGCUCUCUGGUCCUGACACUGUGCGCUCUUUUCUGCCUGGCAGCUUACUUGGUUUCUGGCAGCCCCAUCAUGAGCCUAGAGCAGUCUCCUCUGGAAGAAGAUAUGCCCCUCUUUGAUGAUGUUUUCUCAGAGCAAGACGGUGUUGACUUUAACACACUGCUCCAGAGCAUGAAGGAUGAGUUUCUCAAGACACUAAACCUCUCUGACAUCCCCACGCAGGAUUCAGCCAAGGUGGACCCACCAGAGUACAUGUUGGAACUCUACAACAAAUUUGCAACAGAUCGGACCUCCAUGCCUUCUGCCAACAUCAUUAGGAGUUUCAAGAAUGAAGAUCUGUUUUCCCAGCCAGUCAGUUUUAAUGGGCUCCGAAAAUACCCCCUCCUCUUCAAUGUGUCCGUUCCUCACCAUGAAGAGGUCAUCAUGGCUGAACUUAGGCUGUACACACUGGUGCAAAGGGAUCGUAUGAUAUACGAUGGAGUAGACCGGAAAAUUACCAUUUUUGAAGUGCUGGAGAGCAAAGGGGAUAAUGAGGGAGAAAGAAACAUGCUGGUCUUGGUGUCUGGGGAGAUCUAUGGAACCAACAGUGAGUGGGAGACUUUUGACAUCACAGAUGCCAUCAGACGUUGGCAAAAAUCAGGCUCAUCCACCCACCAGCUGGAGGUCCACAUUGAGAGCAAACAUGAUGAAGCUGAGGAUGCCAGCAGUGGACGGCUAGAAAUAGACACCAGUGCCCAGAAUAAGCAUAACCCUUUGCUCAUUGUGUUUUCUGAUGACCAAAGCAGUGACAAGGAGAGGAAGGAGGAACUAAAUGAAAUGAUUUCCCAUGAGCAACUUCCAGAGCUGGACAACUUGGGCCUGGAUAGCUUUUCCAGUGGACCCGGGGAAGAGGCUUUGUUGCAGAUGAGAUCAAACAUCAUCUAUGACUCCACUGCCCGAAUCAGAAGGAACGCCAAAGGAAACUACUGUAAGAGGACCCCGCUCUACAUCGACUUCAAGGAGAUUGGAUGGGACUCCUGGAUCAUCGCUCCACCUGGAUACGAAGCCUAUGAAUGCCGUGGUGUUUGUAACUACCCCCUGGCAGAGCAUCUCACACCCACAAAACAUGCGAUUAUCCAGGCCUUGGUCCACCUCAAGAAUUCCCAGAAAGCUUCCAAAGCCUGCUGUGUGCCCACAAAGCUAGAGCCCAUCUCCAUCCUCUAUUUAGACAAAGGCGUCGUCACCUACAAGUUUAAAUACGAAGGCAUGGCCGUCUCCGAAUGUGGCUGUAGAUAGAAGAAGAGUCCUAUGGCUUAUUUAAUAACUGUAAAUGUGUAUAUUUGGUGUUCCUAUUUAAUGAGAUUAUUUAAUAAGGGUGUACAGUAAUAGAGGCUUGCUGCCUUCAGGAAAUGGACAGGUCAGUUUGUUGUAGGAAAUGCAUAUUUUCCUCUCCAGUUAAGUCCCUUUCAAUGUGUUUUCUCUUUGGACUUGCCAUUUCCUGGCAAUGCCACCUCCCUGUUGAUUUGAAAACAACCCCUAGGCAAAAUACAGUGUCAAAAGACACAUACUUGUGUAUGUAUAUUUGUACAUACAUGAACUUAUGAAAAUCUUUUGGUUCUAUGCAGGCAGAUUAUACUCAUCUACAUGCAUGACUCACGCAAAUGUGUGCAUAUUAAAGGCCAAUGGUAUGUUCUCUGUCACCUCUUCUCUGAGUAGGAUUUAAGUCAGGAUAAUUGGCAUCAGGGUUUUAAUCAUCCUAGGAAGUAUUACCCUUCCUAAAUACUCUGGAAAUGUAAGUGUAGCUUUUGUCAGUUGAGUUUCUGUAGUUGCUCAGAGAGGCAGGGCCUGGCAAAGGAUGCUUGAAGGGAAGGGUUAAUUGAUACAGAAACCAAAUGGACUUAAGAGGUCUUAGAGGUACAACAGGAAAAAAUGAACCCAUGGAGGACCAAUGUGCUCCAGAGGGCAACUCCUGGUCAAGGCAGGAAAACAGAAGAAACCAGCAUGAAAUCUGUUCCUGAGACAAUAGGAAAGGAAGGACAUGAGUACUGGCUGUUGCUGCUGCAGAGAGUAGAGAGGUUGCGAGGGCACUUGAAGGGGAGAAAGGGAGAAAGGGAAGAGGAUAUUGAUGUUAUCCUCAGAGGCUAUCCUCAGAUGUGUCUGUAAAACCAAAAGUGGUUCUAUUUAAAGAAUUAAAUCUUUUGGACACAAUAGAAGUAUCAAAGACUAAGAGGAGGAAAAUCAGAAGGGGUCUGUCUGUUGGAAGAAAGGAUGUUAAUAUCUUUCUUCACCUGUUAACACUGUUCCCUUGUCUCCGCACCCCUGCUUUCCUCUGCUCCAUCUUCUUCCUUCCCUCUUUCUUCUUUGCCCUAGUGCCUCACGCCUUCCUCCCAUCCCUGUGUCCCUGCUCUUCCCUGGCCUUCAUGAUGCAUGCUGUGAACUGGAAAGGGACACCUAAGUGCCUUUGCUUUCAGGGUGAAAGGAGUUAGUGUUCUAAUUUCUAAAUCUUCCCCGAUAUUCAAUUUGAAUUUAUUUUAAUAGUAUCCUUUAUCAAAUGUUUUGUUCAUGAAGAAUACUUAGAUAUAAGAGAAAAGAAAACCAGAAUAAGUAAGUAUAAGAAAAAGAGAACCGGAGUCCAAAUGAAUGGAUUUAAAUAAACAAAUUUAUGAAUAGACACACAAGCAAAUGACUCAAAAGCCAAGCCUGAAUUUUGAAAUCAUGAUUGUUUCAUGGUAGAAACCCAGUAACUUUCCCAUCUUCUCAUCUUACCAUCUUCCCAUUUUGCAACUGGCCAGGACUGAAAGUGGUGAGGAAGUGUUCUGCACAGGAAGGGUCCGGUGGGUUUUCCUGGCAGGUGGCAGCCUCCAGUCUUAACCCCUAACCAUUUCCCUCUACCUGGCAAGCAUAUUCUGGGCUUUGUGCAGGAGGAACCAGAGCAGAGCAGUUUCCAAACUGUUCCAGCAUCUCCAGGCAGGGAACAUGGAUGGUUCCUGUUAGAACCAGGAAUGUGGUUUCCAGUACAUCAUCCCCCAUUCACCCCUACUCAUCUUAAGGAAUGCUUCCUUAAGACGUCUGACAAUUUUUUCUUUUUUUUUACCCUGGAAAACAAUCAGUCCCCUUUUACAAAUCUCUUAAAGUUAUAAACUCAAACUGCACUAGACAAUAGAGGCAAGGAAAACUAUUCUGAAGAAGGCCCAAUUUGAACCUCAGCUCGCUAGAUCUGUUGUCUGCUGGGUGAAUCCUGGGGAAUUCAUUGCUCGUGGAAGAGUGGUAUUUUGACUGUCAGUGGGUAUACAGUGAUUGAUGCUUUGAGAAAGCCAUGCAACUCAGAAUCACUAUUUGUGGAACAGCCUCCGUAUAACAUGAUGUGUGUAUGUGUGUGUGAUGUAUAGCUGGCUUUGAAUAACCACGCUUAAUACCCUCAGUGGAACGUGGUGCAUCCUUCAUACUCCAUGGUACACAAUGUAUACUCACAUACUCCAAGGUACUUCUUAUCCUUUCUAAAGGACACUGUAAUAGAUACACAGUAAAACCUCAGCUGACCAGGUUAGUCCUGGUUAGAUAAAAAUUAAGCAAAUUUUCUUUAUGUCUAAUACAUAUGACAGCGGUGUGCCGGUAAAUCCCUUACAACCAGCAAUCCAGGGGGAGAAAAAGCCCUGAUUGGUGGAUUUCAAUGCUGUAAACCCUCCUACAUGGUCUAUCUUGAGCUACCAAGGUGAUGUUAACUGGCUUGCAAAACUUCUAAAACCUAAGUCAGCUCUUGGGAGCUGUGCACAGGUGCUGGCACACCGCUGACAUUUACUAUCCCACUGACAUUAGCACACCGCUGACAUUAGCACCCUGAUACUAGAAUGUUAAGGAUGUGCCAGCCCUGCUUUCCACUAUGUGCGCUGCUGGCUCUGGGCUUCUGGAGAAAUCUUGUCUCGAGCACUUAUAGUCACUCUUCUGUUAAAGAGAUAUGAAAAUAUAGGCUGUUGGCGAUCAGGCUGCAUAGCCCAGUUGUUUCUUUCUGCCCAUCCAGAUGUAAACCUGCAUUUCUAUGAUUUUCUGCUUCCCUGUGGAAAGGGAGUGCAGAGAGCAACAUAUUGUUAUUCAAAUGUUGCUAGUUGUAUUUUUUUGGCUUUCUUUUUGUCGGAAGGUGAAAAGACACAGCCCGUGGAGUUCUCCCAGCUCCCACCGGAACCCCGGCAGCACACUGGCGUCGCUUCCAACUCCUGCAUUGACAGGAAGCCAGAACAUUGUCAGAUCCUUAAAAAGGUAGAAUCUUACUAAUGUUUCUCUGGUCAUAGACCUUCUGCUAGGUCCCAUGCCAGUUUUUUUUCCCCCUUUUAUUGCAGAAUUAUCAUCACCGAAGUUGAUAUAGCCAAACAACUCUUGAGAAGAAUUAUAGCAGAGGGACUUGGGCAGCCCGCAGCCAAAAUAUUCAUGUAAGAGUUUCUAGGCUUCCCACUAUUUAUUGAUUGAUAUAUUUAUUUUUGUAAAAUAUUGUAGAAUACCAAAUAUUUUAUUUUUAUGUCUGUGAUUCCCUUUUGGAUAGAGAGUCUUCUGGGCUUCAGAGUAUGGCUCACAUAUAAUAUAUGGCCUGUAUUUCCAUCUCUCUCUUUUUGCAUCAGAAUGUUCUAUUGGUUUAAGGAAUCUUGCCAUAGCUUGCCAUAAUUUUGUAUAUUUGUGUCUUGUAGGCAUGCUGUGCCUACAAGCAUGCUUUGUAGUAUAUUUUCUGGUUUGUAAAUAGUACAGUUUUAACUGAAGUGUAGAUGUUCCAGGAAAUAUUUAACCAAUACAUUGUCAUGCAGUUUCAUAAAGUGAUGUUGUCAGUUUAUUGUGAGAGGCAAAUAUUGUCAGGCUGUGAGAGAAUGUGAUUGCUACUCAGUAAAUGGAGAUGCUAUUUAAAUGAAUCUUUUCAUCCCCCAAAGCUGGUACUUCCCCUCUGAAUUCACCUAUUGCCUUCACUGACCCAGAAAUUCAGAGAUGUGAUUGGUCAAAUUCAUUUGUAAUUGGACCAAUUACUUCGUAAAUGUCAAAAAUGUUAGCUUAGUGAUUUCCAAAAGAGUCAGCCCCAAAGUGCCCAAUUCUUUCCUGAUGUGUAAAUUUUGGUCUCGGGAAUUAACGACAAAAACCUUUUUUUUUAACAACUGUUACUAAAUGUUUCAGUAUUUGUUAUGAUUUAUAUUCUUCAAGUAAAAGAUAUUUUCUUAUAAGAGAAUUUUAUGUAUUCUUCUUACUUGAUUCAUCAACAGAUUAUGAAGCCUAGCAGUGUUCUAGCAAAACCUUUUUAACUUGCCUGGAACACAGAAGGGAUGUUGCCCUUUUUAAGGUUGUAGAUCUUUUCAGAGUCACUGUGGGUCAUUCUUAACCCUUUGCAGUUCUGCAAGCUCACAUAUGGUGCAAGAGGAAAUGCUGGUAUGACUCUGUGCAUUUUCUUGCCCCCAGACAGGAACAGUUGAUUUCAUACAUUAAAUGGAAGGUAGAUGUGACUAUGCAAGAGAAGUAUACAGGGGUGUUUCUGCAUGUGAAAUAUUUUUCAUAAGUUAAAAACCCAUCAUGGAAUAACUGUUUGUUGUGAUCAGCAUGUUUUUAUCACACAUGAGCACUGGUUUUGUGAGCACCUGACUUGAUAGUGGUGGGGCAGCCAAUGUGCCAGCGCCCGCCUACUGAGCAUUCGUGGACAUUGGAAAUCAGCGAACACCACAGACACACCGAACCAGCUGAUGCACGGUCAUGUUCUCGGGUAAAACCUGUUCAUUAUCCAUGUCCAGAUUUGUAUAGUUAUCACUAGACUAAAAUGAAGAUGGAAAUAAAUAUUUUACCCUAUGUUCAUGAACCAAAUGUGUACAUUCAGAGUCUUUUUAAGUAAAAUAAAAAAAUUAUUUUGGUGAUAAUUAUUUGCAGCUUAUUUUUCCUUGAGGUGAGAUAUUUAGUUUUGCACAUACCCCACUUUUUCAUGUUUCUACUUGAUAACAUAUCCAGAUGGAAUAAAACUAAUUGCUAUAUUAAUAAAGAAUGGUCUGAAGAAACCA